AGCAGGCGCGCGCUGUUUCCGGAAGUUGCGGCUGCUCUCUCGGCUGCUGCUGCCUCAGCUACUGCCGCGGUCGCCGCGGAAUUCGGCGAGUAGAACCGCUGAGGCGAGCGCGGGCCCGUGUGGGGCCGGGGUUCCGGCCACUCUGCAGAAUGGAGAUAAUCAGGAGCAAUUUUAAGAGUAAUCUUCACAAAGUGUACCAGGCCAUAGAGGAGGCCGACUUCUUCGCCAUCGAUGGGGAGUUUUCAGGAAUCAGUGAUGGACCUUCAGUUUCUGCAUUAACAAAUGGUUUUGACACUCCAGAAGAAAGGUAUCAGAAGCUUAAAAAGCAUUCCAUGGACUUUUUGCUAUUUCAGUUUGGCCUUUGCGCUUUUAAGUAUGACUACACAGAUUCAAAGUAUGUAACGAAGUCAUUUAACUUCUAUGUUUUCCCGAAACCCUUCAAUAGAUCCUCACCAGAUGUCAAAUUUGUUUGUCAGAGCUCCAGCAUUGACUUUCUAGCAAGCCAGGGAUUUGAUUUUAAUAAAGUUUUUCGCAAUGGAAUUCCAUAUUUAAAUCAGGAAGAAGAAAGACAGUUAAGAGAGCAGUAUGAUGAAAAACGUUCACAGGCGAAUGGUGCAGGAGCUCUGUCCUACGUAUCUCCUAACACUUCAAAAUGUCCUGUCACGAUUCCUGAGGAUCAAAAGAAAUUUAUUGACCAAGUGGUAGAGAAAAUAGAAGAUUUAUUACAAAGUGAAGAAAACAAGAACUUGAAUUUAGAGCCAUGUACCGGGUUCCAAAGAAAACUAAUUUAUCAGACUUUGAGCUGGAAGUAUCCGAAAGGCAUUCAUGUUGAGACUUUAGAAACUGAAAAGAAGGAGCGAUACAUAGUUAUCAGCAAAGUAGAUGAAGAAGAACGCAAAAGAAGAGAGCAGCAGAAACAUGCCAAAGAACAGGAGGAGCUGAAUGAUGCUGUGGGAUUUUCUAGAGUCAUUCAUGCCAUUGCUAAUUUGGGAAAACUUGUUAUUGGACACAAUAUGCUCUUGGACGUCAUGCACACAGUUCAUCAGUUCUACUGCCCUCUGCCUGUGUACUUGUUGACUAGAAAUGGGUUUUGUAGUUCAGCUUAAGGAGGACACCUUCAGAGUCUCUUCGGGGAGCAGCUCGAUGUUGUCGGUGUACCAAGAGGCCCACCAGAGGAGGCUAACGAAGAUGAUGGCGGCGCCCAGGUAGACCAGCAUGUCGUAGAAGUCCAGGUCCACAAAGACACCAGUGAACAGCACCGCCACGCCCACCAUGCCGAAGACGACGCCCAGCCAGAAGAAAUGCUGGCAGCGGCCGAGGCUCUACCGCUUCCCGGUCGUAUUGACCGUCCUUACUGAAAGCUCCAUGAUGCUCCCACCAUCGCCGCCGCAAGGUCCAAAGAGCCAGGAGGCAGGCGGCGCCGCUACAGGCGACUGCAGCCUCUGGGUCCCCAUGGCAACGCCGUCGGGGUGCGUACCUCAGUGAGGGGCGGGACCAGAGGACGGGAAAAUUGGGCUGCCUGUGAUGCUCCCGGCAGGCGCUCAUGCGCAAUACGCCCCGUUGCCCGCGGCCGGUUUCUGCGCCUGCGCAAUGAUCACUGUGGUGCGUCCCUGGAGUGUCAGCCCCUUUGUGGUCAGCUUGGGACGCUCAGGCUCUGGGUGGGAGAAGACGGAUUCUCGGGAAGGUAUCCACGUUCCUCUCUCCACACCCCGGGUGUCUGAGCGAGGGCGAGAUUCUGGAGAUUUCUGGCUGGGUUGUGCCGCAGCCUCCAAAACCUGAGCAACCGACAUCUCAGGAACCUUCAGGACACUUGAAGACUGGCUCAGGGAACUCUCCUGCACUACAGAGGUGCUGGGGAUGGCCUGUUGCAUUUGAAGUAGGGCCUCCAAGUCCUUGAUAGCCUGAGAGGCCUGUGGAUCCACAAUAGUAAAGGACUGAGAAAGAUACAGGCUGCCCCAUAUGGACCUGGGUGGCCAGUGACGGGGUUCCAGAAACCAAACCAGGUGGUGGAGACUGAGUUUGAGAGGCCGAGGAAGAUUCUGGGGCUGGCGCUGCGAGGCCACAGGCAUCAGGGCCUGGCUCAGAGAGACAGCAGGGACCUGGAGGUGGUUCUCAGAGGCCAUGGGGACAGCAAGUUGGCUCUUAAAAGCCAAAGAAACUACAGGCUGGCUCUUAGAAGUAAAAAUGGCUACAGGGUGUCUAGCAGAGAUGGAGGGGGCUACAAUCAGGCCCUUAGUGGCGUAGAGAGGGGAAGGCACAGGCUGGUGCAGAGGCAACACAGGAUGCACCGGAUGGGUGGCAGGCGGUUGAUCCAUCGACGGCGGCUGGGCAUCCGGGUCUGGGGAGCCAACGGUCUCCGAAUUUUUGUCAUCUUCAGGCUCGGGACCCAGAUCCUCUUUGCCAGAGUCUUGAGAGGCGUUGCUCUCCUUGACCCCUUCCUCUCCAUCUUUGUCCUUGCUUUUCCUUCCCAGCCGUUCUUCUACGUGGGCCGAGGCAGGCACGGUCAGGGAAGCUUCUCUUUGAAGGGUCCUCCUAUGACGCCGCCACUGCAUCAGCGGCCCCGACCUUUGCUCUUAAUCCCAGGUGGACCAGCAGGAAUGUCUGGCCCCAUCUUGCCAGUGGGAGAGAAACCUCUACCUGACUGGCUAGUCUGAUGCAGAGGAAGCCAGAGCACAGGCAACAAGGGCCUUGAGCUAAAGACAGUGCAGCCAUCUCCACGUCCUGCUUUGUGCUGGGCAAGGCAGUGAAUGUGUUGAACCAGGCCCUCCCUCGUGUGCCUCUCCUGGACAACAAGCUCACUUGCCUGUUGCCGGUCAGGCCCACCCGUGCCAAGGCAAAUUGGCUGGAGAAGGAUGUUCUCAAGCAUGCCCAAGGUGGGUUGUGGGGAAGAGCAGUUGAGGCACAGGCAGGCUGGACUUGUUUAUUUAUUUAUUGAGACGGAUUAUAGGAACGUGCUGUCAUAACUUAUUUUAUUUUUAAUUAAUUAUUACUAGUUUUGAAACUGAAUCUCGCUCUGUCACCCAGCCUGGAGUGCAGUGGCACAGUCUCAGCUCACUGCAACCUCCCUCUCCAGAGUUCAAGGGUUGAGGUCGCAUAGGACACCCGAGUGAAGUAGGUGAAGUCCCAGAGGACACUGCAGUGGUAGAGGUGUCUGUGGUCUCAGAAAAUCAUCAGAGAAGGUGGUUAGAGGUACCAGAGUACGCUCGAGUAAAAUAGGAGGUUGAGAUGCCAGGGGACACGCGAGUGGUGGAGCUGGAGAAGAUGGUAGAGGUACCAGAAGACACUCGAGGGAAGGUGUCUUUGAUCUUAGAAAAUCAACUGGGAGAUCCGUGUUUCCACCAAGAUGGUGGCGCUGGGCUCGGGGUGACUAGAGGAGACGACAGGGCCAUUUCCCUUCGCCAGGACCCGACACACCACCCUUCGCUCGCGCACCCCUCUGCCAUCAAGCUAUCUGCCAGCCUGGGCGCCCGCUGUCCGCUGCCGAUUUCUGCGCCUGCGCAAUGAUCACUGUGGUGCGUCCCUGGAGUGUCAGCCCCUUUGUGGUCAGCUUGGGACGCUCAGGCUCUGGGUGGGAGAAGACGGAUUCUCGGGAAGGUAUCCACGUUCCUCUCUCCACACCCCGGGUGUCUGAGCGAGGGCGAGAUUCUGGAGAUUUCUGGCUGGGUUGUGCCGCAGCCUCCAAAACCUGAGCAACCGACAUCUCAGGAACCUUCAGGACACUUGAAGACUGGCUCAGGGAACUCUCCUGCACUACAGAGGUGCUGGGGAUGGCCUGUUGCAUUUGAAGUAGGGCCUCCAAGUCCUUGAUAGCCUGAGAGGCCUGUGGAUCCACAAUAGUAAAGGACUGAGAAAGAUACAGGCUGCCCCAUAUGGACCUGGGUGGCCAGUGACGGGGUUCCAGAAACCAAACCAGGUGGUGGAGACUGAGUUUGAGAGGCCGAGGAAGAUUCUGGGGCUGGCCCUGCGAGGCCACAGGCAUCAGGGCCUGGCUCAGAGAGACGGCAGGGACCUGGAGGUGGUUCUCAGAGGCCAUGGGGACAGCAAGUUGGCUCUUAAAAGCCAAAGAAACUACAGGCUGGCUCUUAGAAGUAAAAAUGGCUACAGGGUGUCUAGCAGAGAUGGAGGGGGCUACAAUCAGGCCCUUAGUGGCGUAGAGAGGGGAAGGCACAGGCUGGUGCAGAGGCAACACAGGAUGCACCGGAUGGGUGGCAGGCGGUUGAUCCAUCGACGGCGGCUGGGCAUCCGGGUCUGGGGAGCCAACGGUCUCCGAAUUUUUGUCAUCUUCAGGCUCGGGACCCAGAUCCUCUUUGCCAGAGUCUUGAGAGGCGUUGCUCUCCUUGACCCCUUCCUCUCCAUCUUUGUCCUUGCUUUUCCUUCCCAGCCGUUCUUCUACGUGGGCCGAGGCAGGCACGGUCAGGGAAGCUUCUCUUUGAAGGGUCCUCCUAUGACGCCGCCACUGCAUCAGCGGCCCUGACCUUUGCUCUUAAUCCCAGGUGGACCAGCAGGAAUGUCUGGCCCCAUCUUGCCAGUGGGAGAGAAACCUCUACCUGACUGGCUAGUCUGAUGCAGAGGAAGCCAGAGCACAGGCAACAAGGGCCUUGAGCUAAAGACAGUGCAGCCAUCUCCACGUCCUGCUUUGUGCUGGGCAAGGCAGUGAAUGUGUUGAACCAGGCCCUCCCUCGUGUGCCUCUCCUGGACAACAAGCUCACUUGCCUGUUGCCGGUCAGGCCCACCCGUGCCAAGGCAAAUUGGCUGGAGAAGGAUGUUCUCAAGCAUGCCCAAGGUGGGUUGUGGGGAAGAGCAGUUGAGGCACAGGCAGGCUGGACUUGUUUAUUUAUUUAUUGAGACGGAUUAUAGGAACGUGCUGUCAUAACUUAUUUUAUUUUUAAUUAAUUAUUACUAGUUUUGAAACUGAAUCUCGCUCUGUCACCCAGCCUGGAGUGCAGUGGCACAGUCUCAGCUCACUGCAACCUCCCUCUCCAGAGUUCAAGGGUUGAGGUCGCAUAGGACACCCGAGUGAAGUAGGUGAAGUCCCAGAGGACACUGCAGUGGUAGAGGUGUCUGUGGUCUCAGAAAAUCAUCAGAGAAGGUGGUUAGAGGUACCAGAGUACGCUCGAGUAAAAUAGGAGGUUGAGAUGCCAGGGGACACGCGAGUGGUGGAGCUGGAGAAGAUGGUAGAGGUACCAGAAGACACUCGAGGGAAGGUGUCUUUGAUCUUAGAAAAUCAACUGGGAGAUCCGUGUUUCCACCAAGAUGGUGGCGCUGGGCUCGGGGUGACUAGAGGAGACGACAGGGCCAUUUCCCUUCGCCAGGACCCGACACACCACCCUUCGCUCGCGCACCCCUCUGCCAUCAAGCUAUCUGCCAGCCUGGGCGCCCGCUGUCCGCUGCCAAUUUCUGCGCCUGCGCAAUGAUCACUGUGGUGCGUCCCUGGAGUGUCAGCCCCUUUGUGGUCAGCUUGGGACGCUCAGGCUCUGGGUGGGAGAAGACGGAUUCUCGGGAAGGUAUCCACGUUCCUCUCUCCACACCCCGGGUGUCUGAGCGAGGGCGAGAUUCUGGAGAUUUCUGGCUGGGUUGUGCCGCAGCCUCCAAAACCUGAGCAACCGACAUCUCAGGAACCUUCAGGACACUUGAAGACUGGCUCAGGGAACUCUCCUGCACUACAGAGGUGCUGGGGAUGGCCUGUUGCAUUUGAAGUAGGGCCUCCAAGUCCUUGAUAGCCUGAGAGGCCUGUGGAUCCACAAUAGUAAAGGACUGAGAAAGAUACAGGCUGCCCCAUAUGGACCUGGGUGGCCAGUCACUGGGUUCCAGAAACCAAACCAGGUGGUGGAGACUGAGUUUGAGAGGCUGAGGAAGAUUCUGGGGCUGACCCUGCGAGGCCACAGGCAUCAGGGCCUGGCUCAGAGAGACAGCAGGAACCUGGAGGUCUCAGAGGCCAUGGGGACAGCAAGUUGGCUCUUAAAAGCCAAAGAAACUACAGGCUGGCUCUUAGAAGUAAAAAUGGCUACAGGGUGUCUAGCAGAGAUGGAGGGGGCUACAAUCAGGCCCUUAGUGGCGUAGAGAGGGGAAGGCACAGGCUGGUGCAGAGGCAACACAGGAUGCACCGGAUGGGUGGCAGGCGGUUGAUCCAUCGACGGCGGCUGGGCAUCCGGGUCUGGGGAGCCAACGGUCUCCGAAUUUUUGUCAUCUUCAGGCUCGGGACCCAGAUCCUCUUUGCCAGAGUCUUGAGAGGCGUUGCUCUCCUUGACCCCUUCCUCUCCAUCUUUGUCCUUGCUUUUCCUUCCCAGCCGUUCUUCUACGUGGGCCGAGGCAGGCACGGUCAGGGAAGCUUCUCUUUGAAGGGUCCUCCUAUGACGCCGCCACUGCAUCAGCGGCCCCGACCUUUGCUCUUAAUCCCAGGUGGACCAGCAGGAAUGUCUGGCCCCAUCUUGCCAGUGGGAGAGAAACCUCUACCUGACUGGCUAGUCUGAUGCAGAGGAAGCCAGAGCACAGGCAACAAGGGCCUUGAGCUAAAGACAGUGCAGCCAUCUCCACGUCCUGCUUUGUGCUGGGCAAGGCAGUGAAUGUGUUGAACCAGGCCCUCCCUCGUGUGCCUCUCCUGGACAACAAGCUCACUUGCCUGUUGCCGGUCAGGCCCACCCGUGCCAAGGCAAAUUGGCUGGAGAAGGAUGUUCUCAAGCAUGCCCAAGGUGGGUUGUGGGGAAGAGCAGUUGAGGCACAGGCAGGCUGGACUUGUUUAUUUAUUUAUUGAGACGGAUUAUAGGAACGUGCUGUCAUAACUUAUUUUAUUUUUAAUUAAUUAUUACUAGUUUUGAAACUGAAUCUCGCUCUGUCACCCAGCCUGGAGUGCAGUGGCACAGUCUCAGCUCACUGCAACCUCCCUCUCCAGAGUUCAAGGGUUGAGGUCGCAUAGGACACCCGAGUGAAGUAGGUGAAGUCCCAGAGGACACUGCAGUGGUAGAGGUGUCUGUGGUCUCAGAAAAUCAUCAGAGAAGGUGGUUAGAGGUACCAGAGUACGCUCGAGUAAAAUAGGAGGUUGAGAUGCCAGGGGACACGCGAGUGGUGGAGCUGGAGAAGAUGGUAGAGGUACCAGAAGACACUCGAGGGAAGGUGUCUUUGAUCUUAGAAAAUCAACUGGGAGAUCCGUGUUUCCACCAAGAUGGUGGCGCUGGGCUCGGGGUGACUAGAGGAGACGACAGGGCCAUUUCCCUUCGCCAGGACCCGACACACCACCCUUCGCUCGCGCACCCCUCUGCCAUCAAGCUAUCUGCCAGCCUGGGCGCCCGCUGUCCGCUGCCGAUUUCUGCGCCUGCGCAAUGAUCACUGUGGUGCGUCCCUGGAGUGUCAGCCCCUUUGUGGUCAGCUUGGGACGCUCAGGCUCUGGGUGGGAGAAGACGGAUUCUCGGGAAGGUAUCCACGUUCCUCUCUCCACACCCCGGGUGUCUGAGCGAGGGCGAGAUUCUGGAGAUUUCUGGCUGGGUUGUGCCGCAGCCUCCAAAACCUGAGCAACCGACAUCUCAGGAACCUUCAGGACACUUGAAGACUGGCUCAGGGAACUCUCCUGCACUACAGAGGUGCUGGGGAUGGCCUGUUGCAUUUGAAGUAGGGCCUCCAAGUCCUUGAUAGCCUGAGAGGCCUGUGGAUCCACAAUAGUAAAGGACUGAGAAAGAUACAGGCUGCCCCAUAUGGACCUGGGUGGCCAGUCACUGGGUUCCAGAAACCAAACCAGGUGGUGGAGACUGAGUUUGAGAGGCUGAGGAAGAUUCUGGGGCUGACCCUGCGAGGCCACAGGCAUCAGGGCCUGGCUCAGAGAGACAGCAGGGACCUGGAGGUGGUUCUCAGAGGCCAUGGGGACAGCAAGUUGGCUCUUAAAAGCCAAAGAAACUACAGGCUGGCUCUUAGAAGUAAAAAUGGCUACAGGGUGUCUAGCAGAGAUGGAGGGGGCUACAAUCAGGCCCUUAGUGGCGUAGAGAGGGGAAGGCACAGGCUGGUGCAGAGGCAACACAGGAUGCACCGGAUGGGUGGCAGGCGGUUGAUCCAUCGACGGCGGCUGGGCAUCCGGGUCUGGGGAGCCAACGGUCUCCGAAUUUUUGUCAUCUUCAGGCUCGGGACCCAGAUCCUCUUUGCCAGAGUCUUGAGAGGCGUUGCUCUCCUUGACCCCUUCCUCUCCAUCUUUGUCCUUGCUUUUCCUUCCCAGCCGUUCUUCUACGUGGGCCGAGGCAGGCACGGUCAGGGAAGCUUCUCUUUGAAGGGUCCUCCUAUGACGCCGCCACUGCAUCAGCGGCCCUGACCUUUGCUCUUAAUCCCAGGUGGACCAGCAGGAAUGUCUGGCCCCAUCUUGCCAGUGGGAGAGAAACCUCUACCUGACUGGCUAGUCUGAUGCAGAGGAAGCCAGAGCACAGGCAACAAGGGCCUUGAGCUAAAGACAGUGCAGCCAUCUCCACGUCCUGCUUUGUGCUGGGCAAGGCAGUGAAUGUGUUGAACCAGGCCCUCCCUCGUGUGCCUCUCCUGGACAACAAGCUCACUUGCCUGUUGCCGGUCAGGCCCACCCGUGCCAAGGCAAAUUGGCUGGAGAAGGAUGUUCUCAAGCAUGCCCAAGGUGGGUUGUGGGGAAGAGCAGUUGAGGCACAGGCAGGCUGGACUUGUUUAUUUAUUUAUUGAGACGGAUUAUAGGAACGUGCUGUCAUAACUUAUUUUAUUUUUAAUUAAUUAUUACUAGUUUUGAAACUGAAUCUCGCUCUGUCACCCAGCCUGGAGUGCAGUGGCACAGUCUCAGCUCACUGCAACCUCCCUCUCCAGAGUUCAAGGGUUGAGGUCGCAUAGGACACCCGAGUGAAGUAGGUGAAGUCCCAGAGGACACUGCAGUGGUAGAGGUGUCUGUGGUCUCAGAAAAUCAUCAGAGAAGGUGGUUAGAGGUACCAGAGUACGCUCGAGUAAAAUAGGAGGUUGAGAUGCCAGGGGACACGCGAGUGGUGGAGCUGGAGAAGAUGGUAGAGGUACCAGAAGACACUCGAGGGAAGGUGUCUUUGAUCUUAGAAAAUCAACUGGGAGAUCCGUGUUUCCACCAAGAUGGUGGCGCUGGGCUCGGGGUGACUAGAGGAGACGACAGGGCCAUUUCCCUUCGCCAGGACCCGACACACCACCCUUCGCUCGCGCACCCCUCUGCCAUCAAGCUAUCUGCCAGCCUGGGCGCCCGCUGUCCGCUGCCAAUUUCUGCGCCUGCGCAAUGAUCACUGUGGUGCGUCCCUGGAGUGUCAGCCCCUUUGUGGUCAGCUUGGGACGCUCAGGCUCUGGGUGGGAGAAGACGGAUUCUCGGGAAGGUAUCCACGUUCCUCUCUCCACACCCCGG